UUUAAUCAAAGUGGUUCCGGGGCUUCAGCAGAUAAAUACGUGCACCCUGGCCUGAGUUUUAAAGUAAGGAUCCUUGGUGGCAGCUUUGGGUGAGAGAACAGUUCCGGACUAAAGCGCUAUGGCUCAGUUUGACUGCAGAGAUGAAAACAGCCACUGUUUAAGCAGUAGCAUUGUCGCUAAUAUACCCUCCUGCUUUGAAAAAAGUCAUCCAGCAAAUAUUUUGAUAUCACAAAUCAUGAAGACAAGAGAGCGGAUUCCUUCAGGGUUUUCUCUAGAAACCGGUGGUGGACAAGACACUGGAGGCCUGCAGGGGACUUCAGGUGACUCUCUGAACCAGCUCGAGGGUUGCAAUCCUCCAGACAUGUCUGCAGCCUUCAAGUCAAUGGCCUUAAUGCUCACAUGGGACUUGAAAAAAAUUAACUGUGCACCUGUGCAUGAACUGCUCUCAGUACCUAUACUUGAGGACAGCCCAACUUUGCCUCCCUUAGCUGACCAGGAUAAAACGACAGAAAGGGCAGCAGGUCCAGCUAAGGGGCCGAGUGGACCUUUCCGGUCAAAGUACAUUUGUUUUUCCCCACUAUAUCAAGACUACUGUCUACAGGCGGUGAAAGAUGACCUGCACAGACUGAAAGACAGUUCUGUGGCUGAACUGAUAACGCCCCAGUAUGUGCAGCGUCUGCAGUCUCACUGCUAUACUCGGGUUUCGUCUCCUCAAUUAAGCCCUCGUGAAGCGACUCCAUCCCCACCUCCCCACCCAAUCAGGGUGACGCCACGCACCCUUUGGCAAGAUCUAGAUGAGGUGAAGGCGUCUGGCCUGCUCAGCAGCUUGACCACCAGAGAGCUUCGCCUUCAGGAGUCGAUGUUUGAGUUGAUCGGCUCUGAAGCGUCUUACCUAAGGAGCCUCGGAGUUGCUGUUGAACAUUUCUAUGCGUCGACGCCACUGAAACGGACUCUGUCUCAAAGGGAGCAUCACAUUUUGUUCUCCAACAUUCGCCACUUGAUGGCAGCCAGUCAGAAGUUUCUGAUGGAUCUGGAAAUUCGCCUGGGGGAGUGCGCGUUAAUCUCUCAGGUUGGAGACGUUGUACUCCAGCACUGCCCAGAGUUUCACAGCCUCUAUGUGCCAUAUGUGACUAACAUGAAGUACCAAGAGACCCUUGUCACCCAGCUGCUGCAGCAGAACAGAAACUUUCUAUCUUCAGUCAAGAAGCUUGAGAGUGACCCAGUGUGUCAAAGACAAAGCCUCAAGUCAUUCCUGGUCCUUCCCUUCCAGAGAAUUACUCGUAUUAAACUCAUCCUAGAGAGCAUCCUGAAACUGACGGACCCAGGCUCCCACUCAAUUUUAAAUCUUGAAAGGGCAAUAGAAGCCAUCCAUGAGAUAGUGAUGGAGUGUGACAAGAGGGUUCGGAAUUUGAAACAAAUUGAGGAGCUGCUCUGCCUGAAAAUGCUGCUGGAUUUUGGUAAAGUUAAGUCGUUUCCUCUGGUCGUAAGUGGGCGUUUUCUGGUGCACCAGGGUGCCAUGAGACAGCUGACUGUGGAGGCAGCUCACAGCUCAAGACUGUCAUUCAUCAGCGUCUACCUCCACCUCUUCAACGACCUUUUGAUCAUAUCCUCGAAAAAGGAUCAGAGGUUCACAGUUGUGGAUCAUGCUGAAUUCCCCGCACAUGUGCACCUGGGGCAUCUGAAGACUGAGGCCCUAGGUCUCCCUCCAGACUCCUUCCUGUUACACCUCUCUCGAAGUCAAACCAGACAACCGACCGCCAUGAUACUUGUUACACACACCAGGUCAGAUAAAGAGGCAUGGAUGAAGGCACUGUCCUCCAAACAGUGAUGGAAACAUGGUUCUUUCAUUUUUAGAUCUCCUACAUCAAACUUCGGUGCUAUUUUACUUUCACCAAAAAUAUAUUGCUUGUUCACGCUUAAGAUUUCUUAACUUGCACUUACACAUGUUUUUGACAAUGGCACUCUAGAGUACAACAUGAAGCAUUUAAAUAUGCACUGAAUGUA